AUGGCGCUCCCACUGCCCAUUUGCGACCAAUGCACGGAGGCAAUGGCAACCGGUGAACAUCUACCAACCAUGCACUGUUGCACGUGCGAUCUAAACUUUGACGACACCGAAAUUUACAACUUGCAUAUCUUAUUAUUGCACUUAUGGAAAUCUAGAGGACGGGAAAAUAUUCCGUCUGCUGCAUUCGCCUGUGCCGACUGCCAAAUAGAUUACUACGAUGAAAAGGGGUUCAAUAAUCACCUCAAAGAGCACGAAAUGACUCAGAAUGCUGUUCAACAGCAAAAUAUAACGGAAACAAAGACGAGGAGGAGGAGGGGGAGAAAACCUAAUCCUGACGCCUGCAGCGUACCUAAGCCUCCCAAGCAGAAGAAAAAAUCAAAAAAGAAGAACAAUAAUGACACUCCCAAUGUUACCGCACCAAACGCUACACCUGCGAAUCCAAUAAAAGAACCUAAAAAGAAGAAGAAGAAGAAGAAUAAGAUAUGCCCAGACUGCAAUCGGGAUUUCGUUUCCAAAAAAGCCCGGAAGAAUCACCUGUGCCCAAAUCGGUACCCCUGCAUAAGUGAAAACUGCUUGAGGACUUUCCGGAAACUUACAGGGCUAACCGACCACCUUGAAAGCGGGGCGUGUAAAGGUGGCCAUACUCGCGAAAAGAUCAGCCGAAUCAUCUGCGAAAGAGAUAAAAAGGGCUUGGUUACGGUGCCGGGAGCUCAAAUGCUCCUAGAAGGACAUUACGGACGCGUACCGGAAGUACUAGACGAUGACGCAGCUUCGGAUCUUGGAAAUGCGAUGGAAAAUCUAUCCCUCUCAAGUUGGGGCGUUUUAACCCCGAUUUCUAACGGCAGCGGGGAGUCCUUUGAAAUGGUUGCAAAUGAGGGUGUCCCACUCGAUCUCGACAACCUCGAUAUCAUAUCAUUAGCUUCAGGUGAUACCUUCUCUGAUGCCACCCCAGAGUCUUUAGGCUCGUCUAUUCUUAUCUCAGAGCCGAUCAACCCGAAGCAGUGCCAGAUCUGUUUUAAAAUAUUUAACAGGGUCGAAGACUUGAAGCAGCACAAAGAAUCCGCUGCUCACGUGCCAAAGAUCUAUCACUGCAAGUUAUCAGUGUUAGGCCUUACACCUACGGAGCCUGUCAAACAGUUUAAUACUUUGAGCGGAUUAGUAGCUCAUAUCGAAAAUGGAUCAUGUAGGGGAGGCAUGGCGGCAUUUGACAUCGCGAUCAGUAUGAUGGGUCAACUGGCCAAAGAAUUUGGAUUCACUAGUACGGCUGAUACCCAACAAAAAUUAAUAGCGGUUGCUGCUAGCAAAAGAGCUGCAAAGGCUCAAACUUCGCCCUGUCGCCAGAAUCCUCAAAUUGCGGCUCAAAUGGUGUAA